AAUGAUGGUGCCACUUCUAUAGUUCUAGAACCUGGAGAAGGAGGAGGAGGAGGAGGUGAGGUGGCUACGAACAGCCUAAACUGAGCAGACUGAAAAUUAGCAGGUCGAAAGCCAAGAUUCUCCAAUCGCAAUUAGCCUGAGAAGUAAAAACCCAGCAGGUCCUACUUGACCAAAGAUGUUAGCGGCCUGGGGCGUCCUCGUGGUCUGUGCUUUGCUGACUCCCUCCCAAAGUCAACUCCUUCCAACCGACGCGGUCAUCCGAGUCAACCAAGGCGUCUUGCAUAAUGCUGUCAGCAACUCGAUGGCCCAAAGCAACGCCCUUCAAGGCGCCAUGAGAGAAGUGCCCCUUGGCAAUGGAGGUGGUGGAGACGGUGGUCUGCUAGGAGGCCUCCUGGGGGGCAGCGGGGGUGGAGGCCUUCUGGGAGGCUUACUCGGAGGAGGAGGAGGUGGUGGAGGAGGAGGUCUUCUCGGAGAAGAGGAGGAGGUGGUGGAGGACUUCUUGGAAGUGUGCUUGGUGCUGGAGGAGAAGAAGGAGGUAGAAGAGGAGAUGGACUUCCUGGAGGUGUGCUUGGUGGCGCUGGAGGAGAAGGAGGUGGAGGAGGACUUCUUGGUGGUGUGCUUGGUGGUGGUGGUGCAGGAGGAGGUGGUGGAGGACUUCUUGGAGGUGUGCUUGGUGGUGGUGGAAGAGGAGGAGGUGGAGGACGAGGUAUGCUUGAUGGUGGAGGAGGAGAAGGAGGUGGUGGUGGAGAAGGACUUCUUGGAGGUGUGCUUGGUGGUGGUGGUGGUGGAGGAGGAGGUGGUGGAGGACUUCUUGGAGGUGUGCUUGGUGGGGGUGGAAGAGGAGGAGGUGGAGGAUGGGGGAUGCUUGGUGGGGGAGGAGGAGAAGGAGGUGGUGGUGGAGAAGGACUUCUUGGAGGUGUGCUUGGUGGUGGCAGAGGAGAAGGAGGUGGUGGACUUCUUGGAGGUGUGCUUGGUGGUGGAGGAAGAGAAGGAGGUGGUGGUGGAGAAGGACUUCUUGGAGGUGUGCUUGGUGGUGGCAGAGGAGAAGGAGGUGGUGGACUUCUUGGAGGUGUGCUUGGUGGUGGAGGAAGAGAAGGAGGUAGUGGUGGAAGAAGGCUUUCUAGAAGUGUGCUUGGUGAUGGCAGAGGAAGAGGAGGUGGAAGAGGAGAAGGACUUCCUGGAGAUGUGCUUGGUGGUGGUGGAGCAGGAGAAAGGGUACCUCUUGGUGGGAUCCCUGGAGGCAUGUGCUGGAGGUCUGCUGGGCCAAGGAGGCUUGCUGGGUGAUGGAGGUCUGCUUGGCACUGCAGGAAUUCUUGGUGGCGGUGGGGGCCUCCUCGGCAAUGGAGGCCUGCUGGGCAACGGAGGCCUACUUGGUGGAGGUGGAGUCCUUGGCAUCCUUGGGGAAGGAGGUAUUCUCAGCACAGUCCAAGGACUGACAGGAUUACGAAUUGUGGAACUGACCCUUCCCAAGAUCAACCUGAGGCUUCUACCUGGCAUUGGGGUUCACCUGGAUUUGUACACCAGAGUGGCACUUAAUGGGAAGAGCCUCCUCGGUUUCCUUGACAUUGCAGUGGAGGUGAACAUCACAGCCAUUGUCCGUCUGACAAUGGACAACAUUGGCUACCCUACGUUGGUGAUUGAUCACUGUGACACACUCCUGGGAGGCAUUAAAAUUAGACUUCUUAGAGGCCUUCUUCCAAUUGUGGACAACUUAUUAGCUCGUGUCCUUAACAGGCUCCUUCCUAAUCUGCUUUGUCCCGUCCUUGAUGUUGCCCUGGGCCUUGUUAAUGACCAGCUUGGACUUGUGAAUUCUCUGGUUCCUCUGGGCAUACUGGGAAGCGUCCAGUAUACAGUCUCCAGCCUGCCAUUGGUCACAGGACAUUUCCUGGAGAUUGAUUUAAAUACUGUGGUUGGGAACGUCGUCGGCCCCCUCAUCGACUACCCUCUGGGCAAGCCGGAAUCCCCCCGUAUGCCAGCGAGGGUGCCCAUGCCACCUAUGCCACCCAUGGAAGACACAACCAACUCUCAGCUGGGACUGUCGGUCAACUUCCUCAGCUCCGUGUUGAGCGUCCUGCAGAAACGGGCCCUGAACCUUGACCUCUCCGAUGGGAUGUAUCCUGAGCUUCCUCCUCUGGUGACCUCGACUCUUGGGGCACUGAUUCCGCGGUAAAUCUUCCAGAAGUUUCCCGAGCCUCGGCCCCUCCUGCUGAAGGUCUCGGUGCCCGAGGCUCCCACGGUGAAGCUGCAGAAGGACAUGGGGUUGAUUCAAAUUCAAGCCACUGCAGAAAUCGUGGCCAUAGAGUCCGGUGGUGAGGAGGUGCCUCUCUGCACUGUGAAGAUCGAUGCGUCUUUGCUGGCCAAAUUUUCUGUCGAAGACAACAAGCUGAAAAUCAGCACUCAGCUGGACAAGUAAGGCCGUGUUGCGCUGGUUUCCUCCAACGUUGGGAAAUUUGACGUCUCCCUGAUGGAGGCACUGGUGAGCAAGAUCUUUGAACUGGCCUUCCUUCCUUCCAUGAACGAGGUCCUAGGCGGAGGGGUUCCUCUCCCCAAACUGCUGAACAUCGAUUUCAACAACGCUUCAGUCGAUGUCAUCGAAGAUCUGCUGGUGUUGUCUGCAUAAGAGGAGACCUCGGUGGAGGACAACAAUGGAGAAGAAUGAGAAGAAGGAGAAGAAGAAGAAGAAGAAGAAGAAAGUUUCUUGCAGCAGGAUCCAUCCUUCCCCUUCCUCAUCAUACACAGCUUUGAGUUUCUCCUUCCUUCUGGGCAAAAAAAAGCCACACAGGUCCUCACUUCGUAGGCAGGGAAGACAAGGAGUCGGUUCUCCAGAAGGGACAAGGGUGGCCUUUUGGGCUGUCCUCACCAGGCUUCCAUACAGCUUUGUCGUUUCCAAGCGGGUUGUGAGCCAGGCCCUCCCUGCACCGACACACACACACACACACAGAGCCAACGAAGUUGCGUUUCUCUCGCCUGACCCGUUUUAAUAAAAGCUUCUGAUUUCAUUGCA